CCAUUUCUUGCCUCGUUUAGUGCUGUGCCAUUCACGCGUUCGUUGGCUUGACGUGUUUUUACAGUUUCUAGGCGCAAUGCCACCCGCUCCUGGCGGAAAGCCGUUUAACACAGCAUAUUACGCUCAGUUAAUCGGAUCGGCGCGCGCUCGAUACGAAGAAAAGGUGCGAAUGUGCGAUGGUGUUGACCCGUACACGCUGCGACCGGGCACCGACACGACGACGGAUAUCAAUGCCCUGCCUGAAGUGACGCACGGGGACAUCGUCAACUACCUUGUCUACUCCUCGAGCUUCGUGACUCUGCAGGAGAUGAAAGCGUUCAAGUCCCUUGAGGCGCACAAUUAUUUUACAAGCGGCUGGGUCAAGAGCUUGUCAUCAAAACGGCUCCAGCAAGGAAAAGUGCUCCUGCUUGGGGAGGUAAACCAUUCCCUGAGACUAGGAGAUGGUCCCUUGAAGGUGUGGGUCCUGUGCAUGGCUGAUGGUAGUGUGCUCACCGCCCACUGCACCUGCAUGGCAGGGGUAGGUGAGGCAUGCUCUCACAUUGGAGCCUGCCUCUUCGCUGUGGAUACAGGCGUAAGGAUGAGAAAUGACAAAACAUGUACCGGAAAGGAUAAUGCGUGGCUGCCUACAUAUGUGGAAAAGGUGCAGUUUAAGCGCCUGAAAGACAUUGAUUUCACUUCAUCGAGAGAGAAAAACAGCUUCUAG